AUGCUGGAGAGAGAUCUUGAGCUCUCGCGGACUGGGCAAGCCGUGCAAUACAGGCAAGAGCGCUGGUUUACAAAACUUCCCCCGGUGCUAACCUUUGAACUUUCUCGGUUUGAAUAUAAUCAGUCUUUGGGUCAACCGGAAAAGAUCCAUAAUAAACUUGAAUUCUCCGAGAUUAUUUAUAUGGACAGGUACUUGUACAGAAACAAAGAGCUCAUUAGGAAGAAGCGAAGGGAUGUCAAGAAACUGAACAGGCACAUCGACUACCUCCAUCAGAAACUGGAAAGAUACCUGAAGUAUGGUUCUGGCCCCAACCGUUGUCCUCUGCCUGAUAUGCUUCGAUAUGUGCUGGAGUUUGCUCACACUAAAUCUGCUACAAGAAGCCAUGCUGUGGGUUUGACACAGAACGCCGAGACUCCAGCAGAUGACUCCACUUCUCCCGACUCUCAACCACAAGAAAAUGGUCCUUUAACAAAUGGGCACAGUGAGCACCUGGCCAUUAAUGAAUCGCACCUUCCUGUCCUGGAGCGUGAAUCCUCUUCUAUACAAUGUUUCGAUGAACUUUUCAUGGAAUCUAUUGAAGUCCCAGCUCCCCAUUCAGCCUCAAAGGAAGAACUACGCUCUGUGGAAUUGUGCUUGCAGAGGUGGAGAGCUGAAGUGGAACAAGACAUUGAAGACUUAAAGGUUUCUAUUGCCAACUUAACAGCAGUGAUUGAUGACAUCUACAACGAGCCUGAACUAAUGCAGGUUCCAUACAGACUCCAUGCGGUGCUAGUUCACGAAGGGCAGGCUAAUGUAGGCCACUAC